AAACUUCCUUGUAGGGUGAUGAAGGAAGAAGAAACUUAAGGUUCUUCAAAUGGAAUUCCACCUUCAUACAUACUGGUCAGAUCCCAGAUAUCAAUUUAACAGGUUUUCUAAACAAAACAAAAUAUUUACCUGAUAGAAAACUACUGUGAUAAAGUCAGGCCUUGAUGCAACUAGAGAGACGUCUGUUGUGGUUUGGAGAGGAGCACUGUUUCUUCCAGAUUUACAUACAAUCAGAAGCCAAACUGCUGGGUGCUUGUUCUGUGAUCUGAGUAAGAGCAGCUACAUGGCGUUUCUUGGAACUGUGGUUGGCUAUUGGGAUCACUGCCUGACAAGAUUUACCUACUCCACAGGAAAAACAGGGACUGAAUUGAUAGUGAGAUGUUCUUCAGGCAGCUUUGGGUGUUGGUAUCUGAGCUGCAUUGCUGCAGAAAUCAAGGUCAGUAGGUUAAUGAAAAGAAGAGUCAGAAGGAAAGAAAUUCUAAUAAUUUUAUACACAGUGAAUUUCACUGGAGUCCUGGUCUUUUAAGAUUCAGUCCUAUCACACAUGAAGAUGCAAGACCGUUGUAUUCUUCUGAUGUUUUCUUCACUGUGUAAUGAAAGAUUUAAAAGCUGAGGCCGCAUUUCUCCAUGGUACGUCACUGCUGGUUUCAUCCCAUGAGCUCCAGCUCCAUGGAUGUUUUUCCAGGAGAGAGAACAGCAAAGUACUGUUACAACCCUCUGUCUAUCACCUGCUUUCUCAAGGCAGCACAGUGUGCCAUCAAAGGCAAAAUUAGUGCUGUGAGGUCUGUUUUUCUUUUUUUUUUUUUUUUUUUUUUUUUUUUUUUUUAAUAUAGCAUGUGACAGAAUAUUUCCUCAUUUAGCGCUCAGGGCUUUCUUUCCAGCCUAAGAAACUGAGAAGCACUGCUCACUGUCCUCGCUUCAGCGAGGCUUCAUUUUCAGCAACAAACAUUGUAUGGCUUUUGGUGGAAGGAAGAAAGCAGCACUUGCAAUGAGGUUCUCUGGGUUCCUGUUUGGUCUUACUCUCAUUCAUGGUGCUUUGCAGCUGGAAGACACUGAAAUAUUUUUAAUAUACAAUAAAGUCAGUAAACUCUGUCUUCAGGCUUCUAUUGCACAAUCAGUUCGAACUGCCACUUGCCAUCAAGACAAUGAAUCACAAAAAUUCAGGUGGAUUACUGAUCAUCAGCUCAUGAGUGUGAGACUGAACCUAUGCUUGGGUGUUCCAUUGAAGGAAGAUGAGGUUGCAGUCACCCUGUUCCCGUGUAACCAAACAAGUGACCUCCAGUGGUGGGAAUGUAGAAAUGAAAGCCUUCUUGCAAUCCAGGGAGAAGACUUGUUUUUCAGUCCUGGCAAGGAAGAACAUGAUAAUGUUGUAUUAAAGAAGAGGCCGAGUCCAAAGAAUAAUUGGAAGAUCUAUGGGGCCAUGGAUGUUUUAUGUUCCCAGAGAUAUGAAGAGACCUUUACACUGCUAGGAAAUGCUUUUGGGGCACCUUGUGUGUUCCCUUUCAUGUACAAGAAGCAGUGGUAUGCCGAGUGCACGGCUGCUGGCCGCUCAGAUGGCUGGCUCUGGUGUUCAACAACUGCAGACUAUGACACAGACCAGCGAUAUGGAUUUUGCCCAGUAAAAGACAGAGAUACCACUUGGACUACGGAUCUGUUAAGGAAUGCCCACUACCAAAUAAACUCUGAAUCUGCUCUCACAUGGCACCAAGCAAGGAAGAGCUGUCAGCAACAAAAUGCAGAAUUAUUGAGUAUCACAGAUAUUCAUGAACAAAUGUACCUUAAAGAGUUAACAGAAAGUACAGAUUCUGCACUGUGGAUUGGCCUCAAUAGACUGGACUUGAAGAGUGGCUGGGAGUGGAUUGGAGGCACUCCUUUCCAUUAUUUAAACUGGGCUCCAGGAAGUCCCUCUCCAGAAUCUGGAAAACUCUGUGUGGUUUUGAAUCCUGAAACAAAAGCUAAAUGGCAAAACUGGGAAUGUGAUCAGAAACUUGGCUACAUCUGUAAAAAAAGAAACUUUACCUUGAUACCCCCAGGUGACAUUGGGCCUAUUGCUUGCCCAGAUGGAUGGACAUCAUAUAUAGAUCACUGUUACAAGAUCUUCAGGGAAUCCAAAGGAUGGCAAGAAGCUUUGACCUCCUGUCAGAAUGAAGGGAGUCACCUGGUCAGCAUCCAACACCUUGAGGAGCACAGCUUUAUUGUGUCUGGGCUUGGGUACAAGCCAACAGACAAGCUCUGGAUUGGCCUAAACGAUCACAAAUUCCAAAUGUUUUUUGAAUGGAGUGAUGGUACACCAGUGACAUACACCAAAUGGCAUCUGGGAGAGCCAUCCAGCACCAACAACAGGCCAGAAGACUGCGUUAUGAUCAAGGGUCAGGAUGGCUAUUUUGCAGACUCUGACUGUGGGAAGAAAGCUGGUUAUAUUUGUAAAAGAAAACCUAUACCACAAAUAGCUGGAGAAAAGGAAAAUACUGAUGUAGGUUGCAAAAAAGGAUGGGUAAGAUAUGGGACCUACUGCUAUUUUAUUGGACAUGUACCAGCUACAUUUUCUGAAGCAAACAACACUUGUGAAGGACAAAAAGGUUACCUACUCACAGUUGAAAGUAGGUACGAACAAGCCUAUUUGACUAGUCUUGUUGGGCUGAGGCCUGACAAAUAUUUCUGGCUUGGCCUCUCUGACAUGGAGGACCAAGGAACUUUCAGGUGGAGCAGUGGUGAAGAGGUCUCCUUCACACACUGGAAUGCAGCAAUGCCUGGAAGUAAACGAGGGUGUGUUGCCAUGAGAACUGGAACUGCAGCUGGAUUAUGGGAUGUUCUUGACUGUGAGUCUAAGCAAAAAUAUAUCUGCAAACAAUGGGCAGUUGGUGCAACAGCCCCACCUCUUUCAAGUGCUGCUCCAAAGCCCACAUGUCCUGAAGGCUGGAUAUCAAAUGACCAUGCUAGUUCCUGUUAUAAAUCCUUUUGCAGGUCAGAUAUUAAAAAGAAAUCAUGGAUUGAAGCUCGAGAUUUUUGUCGACAAAUUGGAGGGGAUUUGGCCACCAUUAACAAUGAGGAGGAAAUAAAAAUGAUAUCAAGUGAAAACAGUUACUGUAGAUUUGAAAGAGUUUGGAUUGGUAUAUAUUCCUUGAAUCCGGAUGAAGGAUUUGCCUGGAGUGAUGGUUCUCCUGUUAUGUACACAGACUGGAGCGAUCAUCCAAGAAGUUCAGAAGGACACAUGUUCUGUGGUUUAGCAUAUUAUAGGCAAUGGCUUCUUUCACUCUGUGAAGAGCAGCAUAACUGGGUUUGUCAAAUUAAAAAAGGAGUGGUGCCAAAACCUGAACCAAUUGACACAUAUGAGUAUAAAACCACUGCAGAUGGAUGGGUCAUAUAUGAAGAUAAGCUAUACUACAUCAGCCAGGAACAAGUCUCCAUGGAAGAAGCCCGAGAGUUUUGCAGGAUGAAUUCUGCAGACCUUGCUGUAAUUAAUAGUAAUAGUGAAAGGAAUUUCAUACAGAGAGCUCUAAUAAAAAAUGAUAAAUACAGGUCAGAGUCAGGACAAUACUUCAUUGGUUUAAAAUUGAGUCUGGAUAAAAAGUUCAGCUGGAUAGAUGGGACUCCAAUAACUUACGUGGCCUGGGCUCCUAAUGAGCCUAACUUCGCAAAUAAUGAGGAACAUUGUGUGGUAAUGUUUUCAAAGCAAGGCUUGUGGAAUGAUGUAAACUGUGGUACCACCAAUAGAUUUGUAUGUGAAAGGCAUAAUAGUUCUAUUAAUUCAACACUUGCUUCUCUGUUUCCUCCUGGAGGAUGUCCAGAAAGUUGGCUUUUCUUUAAGAACAAGUGUUUCAAAAUAUUUGCCUCCAAUACUACAAGAAAGCUGGCAUGGCAUGACGCACGAGAAGUUUGUAUUGAUCUGGGAGGAAACCUGGCUUCUGUACCAAAUGAGCAAGUGCAAGCUUUUGUCUACUAUCAUUUAGAGGAUGCUACAACCAAUGUUUGGAUUGGGAUGAAUGACAUCAACAGAGAGUCUAAAUUUUUUUGGGCAGAUGGGAGCACUGUUUCCUACACCAAUUGGGUUGAAGGUGCACCAGAGACCAAACAAAGCUACUUUGACUAUUAUGAGUUUGAAAGUCUGGAUGACAACGCUGUGGAGACAGAUUGUGUUUUUAUGACAAAAUUAGAUGGCAAAUGGAAAGAUGAUAGCUGUGACAAUGAGAAAGGUUACAUAUGCCAGAUGAAUUCACUAGUUGCUGAGCAAUUUAACUCACCAGCAACAAAUCCAUCUCCUGACUUUGUCCCCUAUGGUGAUAGCAGCUAUCUAAUUGUCUUAUCUGAAAUGCAAUGGGAAGAGGCCAGGAAAAACUGUCAAGAGCAACACGCAGAACUUGCAAGCAUUUUAGAUGCCUACAUCCAUUCAUUCCUUUGGAUCCAGAUGCAGAAAUAUGGAAAGCCUGUAUGGAUUGGUCUUAACAGCAAUAUUACUAGAAGCUAUUACAAAUGGACUGAUAACUGGAAAACCAGAUUCACUAAGUGGGCAGCAGAGGAGCCAAAGAAGAAAAAUGCUUGUGUCUAUCUAGACCUUGAUGGUACCUGGAAAACAGCACCCUGCAAAGAAACGUACUUCUCAGUUUGUAAGAAAUCAAAUGUUGUAGCUCCAACUGAGCCUGCUCAGCUGCCUGGAGAAUGCCCUGAAGCAGCUGAUCUGCAAGCUUGGAUCCCUUACCAUGGGCACUGUUACUACAUUGAGGCUUCAGCAGCAACAAGCUGGGCCCAGGCCUCCCUCAAGUGUACUCAUUUAGGUGCUACACUGGUUUCAGUAGAAAAUGAGGAUGAAUCUGAUUUUCUGAUCCAUACAAUACAGCUACUUGGAAACAAAGUAGGAGGCUUCUGGAUAGGACUUUACAGAAAUGUGGAUGACCAGUGGUUGUGGCUGGAUAAUGCUGCAAUGGACUUUGUCAACUGGGAAGAGAAAGAGUCUAAUGAGAAGCACCACUGUGUGGAAAUGACUGCACCAUCUGGUUACUGGGACAAUGCUGAUUGCUCUUCUGAAAAAGGAUUUAUCUGCAAGAAAACCAAAGUUGAACCAAGUGGGAGUCCUCCAAAGAAAGACAAGCAAAGGAAUGAAGAGACUCAUCCACCUGUUCAUCCCUCUGUUUGGCCUCUCUUUUUCUUGGCCAUUCUCAGUCUUCUUGGAGCAGGUGUGUUGAUCUACUUCUACAAGAGAAAAAGGCAAAACCAACUAUCAAGAGAUUAAAGGACUUCUAAAUGAUGUAUUGGUUCACUAAGGAAUUGGUGAGAAUGGGUUCUGUGGCACAAGCUAAUUCAAAGGAAGAAGCUUCUUGCUGAAACUGAAGGAUGUACCUGAUAAAUGUCUCUAGCAAUUUUAAAUCAAAUCCUUUUUCUCAUUUUGCAAUAUUUUUGUUUCUUUUGUAUUUUUGUAUCUUUUGUACCAUGCAUAUUUUACAAGAGCCCUAGCAAAGAUGGUAAUGUAAAUAGCUCAUCAAGAAAAAAGAAACAUACUGGAAAAAAUGAUGGCAACUUACGAGAAUAAAUGUUCAGUAAAAUGUGAUUGCUAUUAAAAACUGUGUUGCUGUAGCUAUGCAAAUAAUUGAAAAAACAAUAAAAAUUUACAACUGCUCAGA